AAGUACCAAAAUAAGCAAAACAUUUAGGCUGUUAGCCUAUGAGCCAGACCUCAAAGAAUACCAUCACAAAACGCCGUACAAUUUUUAAUUCACAAUGUACAAACAGCUAAAGCAUACUCUUUCUGGAUUCUGUAAUUUAAAAACAAUAGGUUGCACCAGUGUCCAGUGCAGAGUAGCCACGGCCUUCCUCAAGUCCUUUUUUGUUUGGUAGUCUGUCGUCUGCAUCGGCCAAUUUUGAAUUAAUCGCACACCUUCCCUCCUUUCACACACACACAGAGACACAUAUAAACACACCUCUCUUUCUUCCAUUUUCACCCAUUUCCAGAAGAAGAUUUUUUUUCAAUGGAGGCAAUUUCGAGGUCCGGGAGGACGACGACGGAGCUUCACCACAUGUCUAAGAAAUGGAAGGAUCCUAGAAGUGCUCAACGCAGCCCUGAACACACCAAAGUUUGGACCGAACCACCUCCGAACAAUAAUAGACCACGUAGAGUCGCCGUCGUUUACUAUCUCUCCAGGAACGGUAACCUUGAACAUCCUCAUUUUAUCGAGGUUCCUCUCUCCUCCUCCGACGGCCUUUAUCUGCGAGAUGUAAUCGAUCGCCUGAAUUCCCUCCGUGGAAAAGGAAUGGCAGCAUUGUACUCAUGGUCUUCCAAAAGGAGUUACAAAAACGGAUUCGUAUGGCACGAUUUGGCGGAGAAUGAUUACAUUUACCCAGCACAUGGCCAAGAGUACGUUCUGAAAGGAUCGGAGCUCGUUGUAGCCGGAGGAGCCUCGUUAAACUCCAAAUCCGAGACACAUGUGUCAUCCAUGUCGAAAAACACGCUAUCGCCGGACUAUGGAAAAUCCGGUGACGAUGAUUUCCCGGUUGUUAGGCGUAGGAGGAAUCAGUCAUGGAGCGCAAUCGACCUCCACGAAUAUAAAGUCUACACCGGCGAUUCCUCCGCCGGUAAGCUCGCCGCCGACGCUUCAACUCAAACCGACGAUAAACGCCGUCGCAGGAGAUCAAUAAUCAGAGAAGAAGAAGAAGAAGAAGAAAUCAAAGAAGAGGAAUCAAAAGCAUCGUUUCACGAAAACGAGAGUUCAGAACUGAGCAGAGAAGAGAUUAUUUCACCACCGCCGUCGGAUUCAAGCCCGGAAACCCUAGAGUCGUUGAUGAAAGCCGACGGUAAGCUCCUAAUCCUACGGCCAGAAACAGAAGAUCACAACCAGAAAACAGAUCCAACGGCCAAUAACAAGAUAAAAGCAUCAUCCGUCCUAAUGCAGCUGAUCUCAUGCGGUUCGAUUUCCUUCCGGGACUGUGGACCGGGCGCAUACGGAAAAGACAACCCGGGUUUUUCGUUGGUUUCACACUACAAGUCAAGGAUGCUGCCACGUGUGAGAAACACCGGAUCAGAGGAAGCAACAGUUGAGGACGCUGUCGUUUUGAGGAAAAACCGAAGAAUUAAAAAACAGAUUGUGACAGAGGAUAAAGAAUAUUUCAGUGGGAGUUUAAUUGAGACAAAAAGGGAACCACUUCCAGCUCUUAAACGAUCCAAUUCGUACACUGGAAAUAGGUAAUUUAUAAAUUAUAAUUCCAUAAAUUUUCAAUGGAAUUAUUAGAUUAUAGUUUUACUAAUGUGGUAGAUUCGUAAUUUUUAAAUAUAUAUGUGAAUUGGAUCUUUUAUUCGA